AAUUGGGAAUAGAUGAAAGUAAAAUUGUACCACAAUCCUAAAAAAACACAAAACUGUAUAAAGAUACGUGGCAGCACAUCUUUUAGUUGUCAUUUCUCCUUCGUUUUGAUUUUAGUGAUCGAUUUAAUGGUCGCGGAAAAACAAUUUAUUUUGGCAGAAAAAAUGUUCUAAAAGUGCAGAAAAAUUUGUAAACGUAAAAUUUAAGUGUUUUGCAAUGAGUAUAUGAUAAAAAUUUUCCAGAAGUUUUCGUUUAAAGGGUCGUAAAUGCCUUUUUAAAUUUUCUGGUUUCGCGACGUAUCUGGCGAUGAAGUGUGUUCAGUGUUGGCGCGUGUAAAACUUUUGGUGGGAAAGGCCGUAUGGCGAUAUAAACAUUAUUGCCAUCUCUUUUUCUCUACUUGUUAGUUCAAUCGGAAUUUGUAUGGGCGGAAAAGUGUACAAGGUGUAUUUUUCGCGAAUGAAGUCAAAGGAAAACAUGAUAAAUGUUUGAGAGGCGAGACAGAAAUGUUCUCCUGAAAUGUAUCAAAAUGCAUCACUGAAAAUUCCAAUGGAACUGGCACUACAGUGUCUAUCGUCAGCAGCUCUAAAAUCAAAAAAAUAAAAUAAAAUUUGUUAUAAAUAACUAAAAUUUUUGCCGAAACUCCUGUUGUUAUGGUUGACUUUCAUUAAUUAUCUCGCAUCAUUGUUUGGUUACGGUGAAGUACGGGGUGAGCGCUUGCAUAAAUCGUAACUAACCAGUAUGAAGGAGAUGGUCGGCGGAUGUUGUGUUUGUUCGGAUGAGCGUGGAUGGCCCGAAAAUCCGCUCGUCUAUUGUGAUGGUCAGAAUUGUACUGUAGCCGUUCAUCAAGCCUGUUAUGGCAUUGUAACUGUCCCAACCGGACCAUGGUUUUGCCGCAAAUGUGAAAGUCAAGAACGUUCAGCACGUGUACGCUGUGAAUUGUGCCCGUCACGUGAUGGUGCACUUAAGAAAACCGAUAAUCAAGGAUGGGCUCAUGUGGUGUGCGCACUCUACAUACCGGAGGUGCGUUUCGGUAAUGUCACCACUAUGGAGCCGAUAAUAUUGCAACUAAUACCGCAGGAGCGGUAUGCUAAAUCUUGUUAUAUCUGCCAGGAAGCAGGUAAACCGAAUCGCGCCACUGUUGGCGCUUGCAUGCAAUGCAAUAAGUCUAAUUGCAAACAACAAUUUCAUGUGACAUGUGCACAGAGCUUGGGUUUGUUGUGUGAGGAGGCUGGUAACUAUUUGGAUAAUGUAAAAUAUUGUGGCUACUGUCAGCAUCAUUACGGCAAAUUGAAAAAAGGUGGAAAUGUUAAGACAAUACCACCCUAUAAACCCAUUACGCAUGAUACAUCAUCUGAUUCGAGUUUGUCGCCGGAAAAGGAACUCGAUUCUGCCAUGAAUGCCACCGCUUCGUCAACAUCUGCGACCAGCAUUAAAAUCACAACCAAUAUAAAUGCUACAUCUACGGCCAAACAGCGUAAAUCCUCCACCGCCUCGAAGCAAUCGAACUCAUCUUCAUCGUCUUCGAGUGCGGCUGCAGCGGCAGCCUCAUCGAGUGGUUUCGGCAGCAGUUUACACGGCAGUAAUUUUUCCAAUUCCAAUACUGGUUCUGGAAACAGUUUAGGCGGAAGUGGCGUAGGUUCCAGUAGUGGUAAUAAUGGCGGUAAUUUGCCGGCCAACAAUUCUUCCCUUAAUAGUGGAAAUUCUAUGGGUGGCGGUGCGGGCGCUAGUUCCUCAUCGAACCUCAAGGGCUCUUCAAACAGCUCGAGCAGUUAUAAGGAAAAAGAUAAGCAUAGUAAAAAUUUAAAUAAAAUCUCAAGUUCAAGUAAGGACAAAGAUGGCUCCUCAUCAUCCUCAUCGUCACGUGAUUCUCGUGAAAAAUCUUCGAAAUCUUCCAAAAAUAAGGAUUUCUCUAAUAACAGCAGCAGCGGUAUGAGUAGUGCUGCUACAGGCAGCAACUCGACAGCAACAACAACUAAUGCAGCGCUUAACAUGAGCAGCUCUUCAAUGCAUGACAACCAUAGCCAUAGCAGCAAUAUGUCCACUCAACAAAAUUCUGCACAAAAUCUUACAACUUCAUCAGCUAGCUUGAGCAUGAGUGGAGCUGGUGGUAACUCUAACAGUAGCAGCAGUGUGGGUAAAGAUGCUACAACGAAGAUGAGUUCAGGAACAGUGAACUGCAGUGGUUUUGGUGGUAGUGGUGGCAGUAGUGCAGCUGACUCGCACACUAACACCAUGGAUAACAGUAAUUUCAGCACCACACACAUGGAUACAUCUACAAAUGCAAGUGGCAUGAGUGGGAAUGCUGCGAGCGGUAUUGGUGGUAUGACAGUGGCUGGUAGUGGCAAAAGCUCAAAUAAUACGGUAGCUAAGAAACGAAAAGCAGAAUCAAAAUCAAAUAGCAGCAUUGUAGACGAUAUAAAUAGUCCAUUUAGGGAUAUGAUUAAAGAUGUCAGUGUAACACUAACACCGUUAACGGAUUUUGAAAAGGAAAUCGAGAAGAGCGCGAAAAAGCAAAAAACCGAACUGAGUCCACCCACACAUCAAACACACAACACCGAUACGAAUAGUAGUACGCAAACGGGCAGCAAUACCUCUGGUGGCAACAACAGUCAGAACUCAGCCUCAUCAGGUGCAACAUCCGUUUCAAUAUCCGCCUCGAACGCCUCCUCAUCAUCGGCAGCCGUAACACUUUCCACCUCCAAUGCCCCACACAAAUAUACACUGUCAUCAUCGUCGUUAACUGCGUCCGAUGUCAAUAAAAGUGGUGGCGCAACCAAUCUAAGCACAAACAAUGUCAUCUCGUCUGCAACGAAUGCGCAUAAAUCUACCGCCGCCAGCCAUUCAAAUUCAAAUAACAGCAGCAGCGGUGGCAAUGCGAACGCCCAAAGUUAUGCCAAGGAGCAGCAUCAUCGCGAUGAUCGCUAUACAACGCAAGCGCAGGCGAAUAGUGGUGCGAAUAACGCCAGCAAUGUAGCUAAUGCCGCCAGCGCCAAUGCGCCCAGCCUAUAUGUUUCUGUACCACUAUCAACAGCCAAUGUACCUGGAAUUAAUAUACCUACGAAUAGCGCGAGCGGAGGCGCAAUAGAUCACCAUGCACCACCUUCGCAAUCAACACGCGCUGCGGCGGCAGCUAUAAGUCAGCAGCAGCAGCAGCAGGGAAGUGGUACAGCGGCAAUUAAUAUGUCGGGUGGAGGCGCACAUGCGACGGCCACAUCUACACCACUCGGUGCCACCGGCGGUGGUAGUAGUAGUAGUGGUGGUGGUGGUCUUGGCAGCCAGCUAGAGCGUCAAUCACCACGUAUACACCACCAAUCGCCAGCUUUUUCCGACCAUCAUAGCAAUAGUAAUAGUAGCUAUUUCGCCAACACGGCUACGGGUCAUAUGCAAACAGCCGCGCAUAACAGUGUUAUACACCAAAGCGGUAAAUCGCCAUCGGGCAAUAUGUUGCUAAGCGCAAGCAGUAAUCCCAAUUUGAUGGCCACCACAACCGAAGCGGGCAAUUUGAAAAUCAGUUAUGAAAAGCAAACAACGCGUGUCAAUCAACUGCAGGAACAGGAAACAGCGCCAGUGCGAAGGAGCAGAUCGCGUUCUGGGGAAAGUGGCAUUCAGGCAUUGCAAGCACAACACCAGCAACAGCAACAACAGCACCAACAGCAACAGCAUCAAAGUAGUCAAUCACAACCACAACAUCAACAAACAGUGACAACGCAAAAAACGAAUUCUCGUUCGGGCAAGAAGAGAGCAGCUGCAGCAGCUGCUGCGGCCGCAGCAGCCGCGGCUUUAGGAGGUGGAAAGAAUCGCGAUUCACCAAUUGAAAAGUUAUCGAAAUCUUCGCCAUCACCACUACAACAACAUUUUCGUGCCGAAUUAGCAACACCCACACCGCCACCGAAUGCACCCUCACCACUCUCACUGCCGCCACCGAGCGCUUCUACGCCUACACCAACACCUACACCGACACACACGCCCUCACCAUCGCCGAUUGUAAUGUUGCAGGGCAGCAGCAACAGCAAUGCGUCGAAUACCGCGUCACCAACAAGGCAAAAGGGUGCAAACAAUAAUGGUGGUAAUGAAAAUAGCACCAUCAUCGGCGGUAAUAACAGGGAUAAUGGGGGUGUUGGUGGUGGUGGUGGACUUGUCACAGGCGCAGCGAAUAAUAUGACAGCAACGAAUCUUUCCAUGAUAGGUACAAUGUCUGGAAUAGCCUCCGCGCACGCUUCGUCAGCAUCCGCCAACCUUGAUUGUGACAAUGGCGGUGCUGUUGGGAAGUCUGGUAACAGCAACAACAACAACAACAGUGAAGCUGUUAAUCUUAGCGCCAAUCAAAAUAGUAGUGUAAGUAAUGCUAAACGUGGCGCUGGUAUUGGUGCAACUGGAGGUUCUACAUCUGAGGGCAGCAAUACGGCCGUGCCGGGUUCAUCAGCGCCUGUCAAGAAUACAAACGAUACUCAGUUGGUGGCGACAAAUUUAAGCGGUAAACCGCUGAAUAAGAAACUACUCCGCGCACAGCAAACACUCUAUCAACAACAAUUGGCUGCGCAGCAACAACAGCAGCAACAGCAAAAGCGUUCACCUGACCACAAAAAUGGCGGCGGUAGAAAUACAAAUCCCACCACAGGCACACCAGUCGCCUCCCCCUCUGUUUCUGCUUCUAGUAAUACAACUACCGCCUCCUCUUCCUCUAGCACGGCAACAGUAGCGUCUGCCAAAUCUUUAACUAACUUAACAAAUACUAAUUUUAAUACAAAUCCCACCACUGCUUCUCCCUCAAGUAGCACUGCAACAUCAUCAACUGCUUUUACUAACACAACCACUAGCAAUAAUAAUAUGAAUAACAAUAAUAACAGUAAUAAUAGCAAUAGUAAUGGCAAUAAUCGUAGUAAUAGCCCCGCUAACACAGCUCAUCUGCAAACGCAACAACAUCAGCAACAACGAACUAAUAAUAUUGCUGCUGCUAGCGACAGCAAUAAUGAUAUCAUAGAAAUUUUGCAAUUAACCCCAUCCAACUCUUCUACUUCUUCUACGCUAACUCAUCACCACCAACAACAACAACAUACUACACAAUCGAAAACAUUGCAAUCCACCGCAAACGCCGUUACAACAACAUCAACAACAACAACCAUAACUGCUGGUAUGGUACACCAUAGAACGCCAGACAGUGGCAUCUACUCCUCCUCGUCCUUUGUGACGAAUAGUAGCACCAUCUCGAAUGCCUCCUCAUCGAGCAGUAGUAGCAGCGGUGGUGGCUUAAAAUUCAGUUACGAACCGCAAACGACGAAUAUCGGUACACCGCCGGGCACCAUUGAUUCCACAUCAGCGCAUUUACUCACCGCUGUCACGACAGCAACUGCGUCACUAACCGCAACAUCGGGUAAUAUCAUGACCACCUCCUCAACAACGGCUAUCAAAGACUCGCCGCCCAGUUCACCCGGUUCUGAAAUAGGUGCUACGGCAGUAGCAGCGCCGCGCAAACGUGGUCGCAAGGCGAAAGAUGCGCAUGUGAAUGAGACAAAAGUUGAUGUGAAAUUGUUUCAAAAUGGUGGUGGUCAUGUGAUUGGUGCCACACCGAUAACCACGCCGACGACAAAUGUUGCGAGUAGUGCGGCGCCCGCCAGUAGUGUGUCCAACAGUGGCACAACAUUGCAUACUGCCGCUCAUAUGCUGGGCAAUCAGCUUAACCCGAAUAGUAAUGUGGCACAAAAGCUCUCCGAUCAAUUACACAUGGAAAUACAGGAUCACAGCAUCUAUACAGCGGAUGCGGUAAUGCCGCAAUUUGUGGGUGUACCCUUUCCCGGCAAGUCAAUGCGAAAUACCAGCUCAACACCAAACACGACUAGCAACAAUACAACAGGCACGAACUCAAUAAGUGCCAUUACGCCGGCAACGUCAGAAAUGCCUGGUGGCACUUCACUAGCCUCGAUGUUUGGCAGUGGUGUUAACGGUAAUAUGUCAAUACCGCAGAGUUUGGAACAACUACUCGAACGGCAAUGGGAGCAGGGCUCGCAAUUUCUCAUGGAGCAGGCGCAGCACUUUGACAUUGCAUCGCUACUAUCCUGUCUACAUCAGCUGCAACGUGAAAAUGUCCGUCUAGAGGAGCAUGUUACCAGUUUAAUAGCACGUCGCGAUCACCUGUUGGCUGUCAAUGCACGGCUCGCCGUCCCCUUGAAAACCAACACAACACAGAGCCAAGCCACGGCCGUAUCAUCGACAGCGGUAACUGCCAGCGUUGCUACACUCUCCACAGCUGCCUCAGUUGCUGGCGUAACGACGGCGACCUCUGCAAUAGCGGCUGCUUGUGCAGCAGCGGCAAUAGCCACAACGACUGCAGCAGUCAAUGCGCUUGGCGUUAGUAAUGCCGGUGCUGGUGGCGGUACUGGUGGACCCGGUAAUACUGGUAGCGCCCUAACAACAGUGGUGACAGCUGCAGCAACAUCGCUCGCCACUGCAGUGACGACAUCGCUUAGUGCUUUAACCGUAAAUACACGUUUAUCCAAUACAACAACAACAGCGACAGCAGGUGCUGGUGUCACAGCAACAACACGUUUAAAUAGUGGCGCUAACAUUGGUUUGCAGCAGCAACAACAACAACAACAACAACAGCAUGGCUUGGAAAAUGGCAUCGACUUUCGGCAGGCGAGUACUGCCGCAGCGACAACCUCACAACAGCACAUUGGUGUCGGUGCCGGUGGCGCCAGCGUAGGAUCAUCCAUCGGCAUGAGGCACUCCACGUCCGGCAGUUAUGUGAAUACCUCAACAGGACCAGCAACAAGCAUAUCUGGUAAUCUGCCAACAGCAAUACAUCCCAGCGGCCUGGAAGGACUUGGCAAUAUGCAUACGACGGCGGCAACAACAGGCAUAGGAGCAACUUCUGUUGUUGGCAUGUCUACGAUGACUGCUAAUCGCAUUGCACAGCAACAGCAACAACAACAGCAGCAGCAUCAGCAGCACAUGCAAACGCUGCAACAGCAGCAGCAGCAACAACAGCAUCAUCAAAUCUCAUUGGUUCAACAACAACAACAACAACAUAUCGCACAAAGUGUCGCCAUGCAUCAUCACCAACAGCAGCAGCAGCAGCAACAGCAACAAGCUGCUCAUACGCACAUGCACGCCGCCCAUCCGCUACAUCUAGCACACACGCAUACACAUCCGCACGUGCACGCGCAUGCUCCACAAACGCAUCACGCACAUUCAACACAUCCAACGGCCACUGUUAAUCUGAAUGCCGGCAUCGGUGUGGAGCCACAUCCACUUUCAGCGGCACGCAUUGGCAGCGUCGGCAUGGUGGGCACUCACGUUGGCAAUAAUAACAAUCCCAAUAACAAUAGCAAUACAGCGGCGGCAUCACGAGGUGGGUCAACAACUGCAACAACAACAACAACAACAUAUGCCAUUGGUAUUGUUGGCGAUGGCAUUAGUGCUGUGAGUGAUGGUGGUGGAAUUGUUGGGAGUGAUGUUGGUGGUGGCGUUAAUGUUAAUACCGCAUUACUCGCAUCGGAUAGUGGCCUACCCGCAUCCACCGCCGCGUAUACUCCUCACUCGCUCUAUACUCAUCAUCAGUCGCAGCUAAGGCGCGACGAUAACCUAGUAAAGCCCAGCUGAAAAUCGACAGCAGCUUUACUGGCAUUUCGCCCUAGCCGCCAGCCACAGCAGCAGGAAGCAAACUCAACACAGCGACAGCAACAGCAACAG